AUGGAAAACGAAUAUGAUUUAGUGAUUGAGGAGAAGAAAUUGGACAUGGAGGAGGCCAGACGUGAGAAGGAGGUGGAAGCGGUCGAGUACUUGUACAGCGAGAUCCAUGUCCACGCGGCUAAAGAGGGUGCACGGGACCGGUCCUCUUCAUCCUCAUCAUCCUCCUCGUCUUCGUCCGAUGGCGAGGAAGAGGAGGGAAAGGAGAAGAUUGAGGAGAAGACAGAGACCAUAGUGCUGGAGGUGACGCCCGAGAUCCAUGCGGAGGCUGGGGUGAUUGUGAACAGCGACGAUCACAGCGAGGAGCAGCAGGAAGAGCAAGAGCAUCGGUCAAACUCCAGGAGAUCGUCCAGUUCUUCGGCCUCUUCGGUCUCUGCUGCGGACCCGUGUGACGACCCCCCUCUCCACCUCCAUCUGAGCGAGGAGGAGGAGGCGGGAGCAGAGGCCGCACACACAGAAGAACAGAAAACCAAAGAUCUCAUCGACCUCAGCCUCCAAACUCUGGACAGCAUCUCUGUGGACGAGGACAGCGCGGCACCGGUCGAUCCCACGCAGCCGGAGAUCUCCCUGUUUGUCAAGGCUGGCAGCGAUGGCGAGAGCAUUGGAAACUGUCCGUUCUCCCAGCGCCUCUUCAUGAUUCUGUGGCUCAAAGGAGUCGUGUUCAACGUCACCACCGUCGACCUGAAGAGAAAACCAGCUGACCUGCACAACCUGGCCCCGGGCACACACCCUCCGUUCCUCACCUUCAAUGGAGAGGUCAAGACAGAUGUGAACAAGAUCGAGGAGUUUCUGGAGGACAUGCUGAGCCCCCCAAAGUAUCCCAAACUGGCAGCCAGGCAGCGAGAGUCCAACACGGCUGGAAACGACAUUUUCGCCAAGUUCUCAGCCUACAUCAAGAACACCAAAGCAGAGGCCAAUGCGGCGCUGGAGAAGGGCCUGACCAAAGCACUGCAGAAGCUGGAUGAUUACCUGUGUGGUGCUCUGCCGGAGGAGAUCGACGCCGACAGCAUGGAGGAGGAGAAGGGCUCCAGACGACUGUUCCUGGACGGAAACGAGCUGACGCUGGCCGACUGCAACCUGCUGCCCAAACUGCACAUCGUGAAGGUCGUGGCCAAGAAAUACCGUAACUAUGACAUUCCCACUGAGAUGUCUGGAGUGUGGCGCUACCUGAAAAACGCCUACACGCGCGACGAGUUCACCAACACAUGUGCAGCCGAGUCCGAGAUCGAGACGGCGUACAAGGACGUGGCCCGGAGGCUGGCCAAGUGA